AUGGCGUUCACUAGCUUCGCCGGCAGAAGCUACAACGUUGUCUCUGAUGAAGUCAAACAAUCCGGCAGUUUCGAUGAGAUUCCUAUGAUUGACCUCACACAGCCACAAGAAAAAGUCGUUGAAAGUCUACGAGAUGCUUGCACUCGGGUCGGGUUCUUCUACAUCUCUAAUCACGGCAUUCCGCAAGACAUCAUUGAUCAAGUAUUCUCCACGGCGGAAGGUUUCUUCGGCUUAGACGACGAGCUUAAACAACAAGUACAUUUCAAUAAGGGGACAGCCUUAUGCGGAUAUGAAGGCUUCCAGAAUGUUUAUACAGAUGAGACGAAAAAGCCGGAUCUGAACGAAGCCUUCAGUUGGCGUUAUACACCAGAUAUGGAUUCCUUCAAUGAGAAAGCUGAAACAACGCGGGUUGAAGAGAAGAACGUUGACAAUUUCCUCACAAGUGGUCAAAAUCUCUGGCCCAAUGCGAAACCGGAAAUGCGCCGAGAUAUAAGUCAAUAUUAUAGCCAUGUGCUCAAGUUGGCGAGAAAGUUGAUCCGCUUAUUCGCUCUGGUGCUCAAACUACCAGAGGCAUAUUUCGAUCAGAUGAUGCAACACCCCGGCUCAAUGGGCAAGGUCCUGCAUUAUCCACCACAGCCAGCCAAGGGCGCCGAUCCACCUUUUGGAAUAGGCGCACAUACUGAUAUUGAAUGCUUCACAAUUCUAUGCCAAGGAGGUGAUGUGCCGGCUCUGCAGGUUCUCAACCCUAAAGGCGAAUGGAUCUUGGCACCUCCUAUUCGGGGUACCUUUGUCGUGAAUAUUGGUGAUAUGUUAGCACGGUGGUCUAACGAUACUUUCCGCAGCACUAUCCAUCGUGUGUUAAAUAUCACAGGCCGUGAACGCUACUCGAUGCCUGUCUUUAUUGGACCAAAUUAUAACACUGUGAUCAAACCUCUGGAGACCUGCCUUGCGGAUGGAGCCAAAUAUGAUCCCAUACCAGCAGGUUUAUAUGUUUGGAAACGACUUGCUAUAAGCCGACUCGAUAAAGAUGAGUACGAGAGGCAACGAGUCAAGAUGGAGAGCCAGCUCACAUUGCCAAUUGGUGCAUGA